AUGAGUACACAACGAUAUAAAAAAUAAUAUAGAUACAUAUGAACAUACCUCGCUGACUGACCGUUCUUUUUGAGGUAAAAAUGAGUAAUAAAGGACUUAUUAAACGUAAGUUUCUUUUGUACAGCUUCUUGCAAAUGUCAUUCAUUGUCAUGAUCUGCUCUGUUAGCUGGGCUUAAUUACUUAUAUCAUUCACCUGCCAUUCCCGCCCGGCCAUCUAAUUACUUCUCAUCUCAUCCUCCUGCGGUCGGAGCUUUAUAUUCUGUCCAGCUCAACUACAGAGAUCAGAUCAUUAUUUUGUUUCUCUGUUCGUUUUCUGUUUGGUUUGUUAGUUGUUGUUUUUUUAGUUCUUUUCAUGGUUCCUGUCGACCAGUAGAAAGAGAUGGUUUUGGGUCUGUCUCGUCUCCUGAUCGUGUCCUGAUCCUGGUUGGACAUCUUUUCUCUGUUUCCUCUCAACCACUGAGUCUGCCCGUCUGCAUACGAGACUGCUUGAUUUCAUCUGUGCGUGUCGUUUUGGGCACACUUCUGAACUCUGUUGGACUCUGAACCUGCCUGGGAGCCCUAAGGAUUCCUGGAAUCCUGGAUCCAAUUGUUCCUGCCUGAUCUGUCUUCCCCUGAUUUGGAUCGGCUUCCUGCAAGCUCUCUGAGGCUGCAGCAUCGGGACACUCUGCCUGACGCACACUGCGUUGGUUGGAAGCCCAUCGGCUCCAUGCACCUCUCAUGGACUGGUGACGGUGCUGGGCUGGACUAUCAAACCAGAAAGGAGAUGCUGACAGGACAGAGGCUCUGCCAUUCAAAGUCCCACCAGGACUCGGUUCUCUCUGCCCUCAACCAGCAGAGGAAGGAUGGUCAGCUGUGCGACGUCACCCUGGUCGCCGGCGAGCAGAAGUUCCACGCCCACAAGGCCGUCCUGGCAGCAUGCAGCGACUACUUCAGGGCCAUGUUCAGUCUAUGUAUGGUGGAGAGCGAGGCAGAUGAAGUAACCCUGCAAGGAGUGACCAGCGUUGGACUGAAGCACGCUUUAGAUUUCGCCUACACCGGACAGAUUCUGCUGGAGCCGGCUGUCAUCCAGGAUGUCCUGUCUGCGGGCAGUCACCUUCAGCUGCUGGAGCUCCUCAGCCUCUGCUCAAGCUACCUCAUCCAGGAGCUAAGCAGUGUGAACUACCUGGAGCUGUACCGUGUGGCCGACCUCUUCCAUCUCCCUGCCUUGGAGGAGGCUGUGGUGGCUUUCCUGGUGGAACAUCUGUCUGAGCUGAGCCAGAGCCGACAAGACGAAGCCCUGCAGCUGCCCUACCGCCUCCUCAGGGAGGUGCUGAAAAGUGACCGCCUCACCUCUCUGAGCGAGGAGGAGAUAUGGAAGUUGGUCGUUCUCUGGCUGGAACACGACUAUCGCUGCCAGUACGCUGAGGAUCUCCUGCAGCUCGUCCGCUUCGGUCUGAUGGAUGUCCCCUGCUUGCACCACCUGGCCCACACCUCCCCUCUACUCCAGUCCUGCCCCACUGCCGCCGCCCUGUUGGAGGAAGCCCUGGACUACAACCACGCCACCUUCUCUCAGCCGCUCCGCCAGUCAGCCAUCACCAGGCCUCGCUUCCAGUCCCUUACCCUCUAUAUAGUCGGGGGAAGAAAGCGGGAGGUGAGCAGAGUUAGGGAGCUGCGCUACUUCAACCCGUCGGCGCAGGAUCACGUACGGGUGGGAAGAGGGUCGAACUGGAGCGAGAUGGCGCCCAUGCCCACGGGGCGCAGCCAUCACUGCGUGGCUGUGAUGGGGAACUUUCUGUUUGUUGUGGGCGGAGAGGUGGAGCACGCUACUGGGAGGACGUGCGCAGUGAGGACCGCAUGUAGAUACGACCCCAGGAGCAACAGGUGGAUUGAGAUAGCUCCCAUGAAGGCGUGCAGGGAACACUUUGUACUGGGAGCUCUGGGUCAGUACCUGUACGCUGUGGGGGGCAGGAACGAGCUGAGGCAGGUGCUUCCCUCUGUGGAACGCUACUGUCCCAAGAGGAACAAGUGGAUGUUUGUGCAGCCCUUCGACCGCUCACUGUCCUGCCACGCCGGCUGCGUAGCUGAUGAUCUGCUCUGGGUCUCAGGCGGCGUUACGAACACAGCCCAGUACCAGAACCGGCUCAUGGUUUACGACCCGGAGCAGGACCAGUGGCUGGCCCGCAGCCCCAUGCUGCAGAGGCGCGUGUACCACGUCAUGGCCGCCGUGAGGAGGCGGCUCUACGUGCUCGGCGGGAACGACCUGGAUUACAACAACGACCGCAUCCUGGUCCGUCACAUCGACUCCUACGACAUGGACCUGGACCAGUGGACGCGCUGCUCCUUCAGCCUGCUCACAGGUCAAAAUGAGUCUGGAGUAGCCGUCCAUGAUGACAGGAUUUAUGUGGUGGGAGGAUACUCCAUUUGGACCAACGAGCCUUUGGCAUGCAUUCAGGUGCUGGAUCUGAGCACAGAGGGGAAGGAGGAGGUUUUCUACGGACCAACGCUGCCUUUCGCCUCAAACGGCAUCGCCACCUGUUUCCUCCCCGCUCCUUAUUUCGCCUGCCCAAACCUCCAGACGCUACAAGUACCCCAUCACAGGAUCGGCGCCGUGUGACACAACCAGACCACGGAUCCGCUCCCAGUCAGCACUUUGGAACAAGACUGAAACAGGGGAGCCAUGUUGUUAUUGAAGCUGUUACAAACUGCUGUCCAGCCGGUCCCUCCUGUAUUCUCCCACAGACUAAGGCGCUAGCUAUCACUCAGAGUCACAGCGUUUAGUUAGGAUCUACAGAAGGAAGACCCGUCGGGUAAACAGAGCUUUAAGGUCGUUUUCUCCCCCAGCAAAAAAACUAAAACAUGGACAUCAUCAUUCUCAUCUAUUCCUGUAAGGUUUUAUAACUGUGAACUCUAAAGACAGAGAGGAUGCUUUUUUUUUUUUUAACGCUCCAAAUGUGAAUUUGAAGAACAAUUCACCUGCAAAAGCAGCGGUACACAUGAGACAGUGUGAAAGCUGCGGUGCUGUUUGGGAGGGGUUUUAUUUUAUGCUCAGGACCCCCCCACUAAGACUUUAUGUGUUUUAAAGGAAUGUCUGGACAUACAGUCCUGAAUCCUCACUCAUCGGCAUCAUCAACUGUAAUAAAUACGCUUUUAUCAAACGAGGAAAAAAUUAAUAAAAUGAUCCGAUGCCUGAACUUCCUUCAUUUAUCCAAAACAACACAUCUGCAAGAAUCAAUGGAGAAAAAAAAUCAAUAAAGAUGCUUUCAGAGUAAAAAAAAAAAAAGAUGGGCGGUUUUUAAUUAUCCGAUGCAGACAUUGAAGUAUCUCCCGGUUUCUGCAGGGAAUCUCUGACCCGCGCCGCAUCGCGGGACAAAAGCCGCUCUGCCGUCAGACGAGGCUGUAAAAUGACUAGCAAUGACAGAAAAUGGGACUUGGUGAUUGCGGAUGACAGGAGUGAGACUUCCUGUGAUUAGAUGCAAACCAAAGUCAGAUUGCGAGAGAUUGCUGCAACUUAGAGAGGCGAGAAAUGGAGGAUUGGAACAAACAGUUCUUCUAUUCUUUCCCUUUUUCUUUUUUCCUUUUAGAAAGUCCUGAACUAUUUGGGCUUACCCAUGGCUGUCAUUAGAUCUGUGAAGCAGAGUAAGAGAGAGGAAAGGACUCUUCCAAAGGAAAAAAAA